CAUCUGGGCAGGAAAAAUGCAGCAUGAAGUUGAGAUGCCGCAUCUGUAAGUGCGUCGACUGCAUUGUUGGGGGGGCGGCGCUUAACGUUCCAUAAAUACAAAAGUUCCGGAGUGGGGAGCUUCGGACUCGGUGAUGAGGAUGCCUUUCUCAUAUAAGCUUUCGAGUAUCGCCCAAGUUUUGAACUCUUUGUUACUUCACAGACAUUUACUCUAACAUGGAGCUUCAAAAGGUGCAUCAUGGCGUCCCUGGCGGUAGCUAUGAUAUCUGCAGGGUAUGUUUUUUUCCAAGCAUAUACCCUACUUCAGUAAAUUGACCUACAUCACAGCCCAAAUUCAGUUCUUUCCCACGCACUUUAGCUUACCAUGCAUACACACUCCAUCUUUUCACAUGCAACGACCUUCCUGAACUGGUCGUGAUGCCAUUUUUCUUUGCUCUUGCUACCAUUGCUGCGUCUUCAGUUUUUGGAAUUUCAAGUCAGAAGACUCUCGCCGAGUUACUUCUAAAAGUCCCAACCAUGAUUUGUUGGAAUUGGAUAAAUCUUUUGUUGUUCAACAUCCACAAUCAACGACACCCCGAAUCGAUUCUUACCGACAAGACAAGCAAACCUUGGCGGCCAAUUCCUUCCAAGAGAAUAAGCGCCGAAGAAAGCCGCAUGCUCCUUUUUAUCUUGUAUCCGCUCAUGACACUCUUUUGUCUGGUGGUUGGUGGCCUGAGACCAUUCUUAGCCGAAGCCGUGGUAAGUUCCCGAAUCCAACAGCCAUUUGCAAAGUCGUGGCGAUUUUGCAAAUGGACUUCAGGAUGGUAAAUGCUAAUUGUCUUUCUCACAGUGGUGCAUGUGGUACAACGAAUGGAACGGAGCCAAAAAUCCGGUUUGGCGAAAUUUCCUCAACGCAACAGGAAUCGCAACAUGUAUGGCUGGCCCACUGGAGCUUGUUAUCGGCGACAACCAUGUCCUCACUGAUUUCCCAAUUGCCAUUGGGUGGCUCGUGAUCAUUGGAGCAACGAUAUUUACAACCAACCAACUCCAAGAUUUCCGCGACCAAGACGAGGAUCGAUUAGAAGGAAGGAGAACUGUUCCGAUUGUGCUGGGGGAUGCAGUAGCCAGAUGGGUUACAGUGGGAAUUGUGAUUGCAUGGUCUCUAUAUGUUCCGAGCUUUUGGGGGGUUAAAAUUGGGGGAUACCUCCCUACUUUAUUCUUGGGAUGUGUUCUGGCAGGCCAUUUGGUGUUGAGGCGAAGUGCAAAUGGGGAUAAAAUUACAUGGAAGCUUUGGGCGCCUUGGAUGCUUUCUUUCUUUCUACUACCUAUUUUGCGGAGAUAUGGAUGACUAUUGGUUGCAUUUUAUGGAGCAGGAGUCGUGGUUUUUGAUUCUUUUGAAGGAAA